AUGCCCGACCCUGCAGCCGCCUAUGCAUGUAAAACUAGAGUAGCACCUCUUCAAUCUCAGACUAUUCCAAGACUAGAACUCUUGGGAGCUUUACUCCUAGCAAGACUGGUUACUACGGUUGCUACCAGCCUUAGUCUUGAGCUUGCUCUGGGUCCAACUACUUGCUACUCAGAUUCACAGAUAGCUCUGUUUUGGAUAAAGGGGAUCACAAAGGAGUGGAAGCCAUUUGUACACAAUAGGGUCUGGGAGAUUAGAAACUUAGUGCCAAUAGAAUGUUGGCACCAUUGUUCUGGUGAGAAGAACCCGGCAGAUCUUCCCUCAAGAGGAGUGAUGCCAUCAGAACUGGCUAAGAAUGAAAUAUGGUGGCAUGGACCCACUUGGUUAAAAGAGGAUGUUGAUAUUAAGAAAUUAGAUUUGAUUGACAUGCCUAGUGAGUGCAUGGUUGAGUUGAAAUCUAACCUACAGUCUGUAGAGUUGGUUGUAAUGGAAGAUUUUGGAAUAUCUCUAAUAAUACAGAUCACAGAUUAUAGUGAUCUUAAUAAAUUAUUGAGUGUUAUGGCACAUGUAUUGAUGAUUAUUGAUAGAUUGAAGAGAAGGAUUGGACCCCCUUGUCAUGUCGGUCCCUCUUAUUUAAGCAAAGCUGAAUUUCUCUGGUUAAGAGAUGUACAAAGGGAGCUAGUGACAAGGGGAGAUUUCAGUAGCCUUCAAUCUAAACUUGACUUAUUUUGUGAUGAUGCAGGCAUUUGGAGAUAUGGUGGAAGACUAGCUAAGGCAGAAAUGCCAUACUCCACCAGACAUCCCAUUAUCCUACCACGAUCCCACCAUUACACCUUAUUAAUAAUUAGAAGAGCACAUAAAAGAGUGCUUUACAGUGGGGUCAAGGAAACCCUAACAGAAGUGAGAAGCAAAUACUGGGUGGUCAAAGGCAGAGCAAUGGUGAAGAAGGUUUUGCACUCAUGUGUUAUCUGUAAGAGAUUCGAGGGUUUGCCUUAUCGAGCCCCUCCUCCUCCACCAUUGCCCUCCUUUCGGGUGAAUGAGCAACCUCCAUUUACCUAUACUGGCGUAGAUUAUGCUGGGCCAGUAUUUGUUAGACCGGACCACCCAUUGCAAGCUCACUGUGAUCAAAAGGUGUGGAUCUGUCUUUACACAUGCUGUGUAACUAGAGCUGUACAUAUUGAUCUAGUAACUAAUCUCUCUUGUCAUUCUUUUCUUAGGUCAUUCAAGCGAUUCACUUCAAGAAGAGGACUACCUCGUAGAAUGAUUUCAGACAAUGGUUCUACCUUUAAGGCAGCUGCUAAGGUCAUAGAGAACGUCACAACUAGCCCUGUGGUGUCAAAGCAUCUUGCUGGAAUUGGCAUAGAGUGGUAUCACAAUCUAGAGAAGGCUCCCUGGUGGGGAGGACUAUUUGAAAGACUAAUUGGAUUAACUAAGAGGUGUCUCAGGAAAGCAAUUGGAAGAGCUCAAUUCAGAUAUGAUGAAUUAUUGACUGCUAUUACAGAGAUUGAAGCUAUUUUGAACUCCCGCCCCUUUUAUGUAUCUCCAGAUGAUGUAGAAGAGCCCCUGACACCUUUUCAUCUUCUAAGUGGUAGAAGAUUGUACAAUCUACCUGAUGAGCUGUGCUUUCACCAGAUCGAAGAAGAGUUUACUACUACAUUGUCACCAGUUCUUCUAAAUAGAAGGAUGCGACACCUGCAGCUAACACUGGAUAAAUUCUGGAAGAGGUGGAAGUCAGAAUAUUUACUCAAUUUGAGAGAGAGAUAUCAGUAUAAGACUCAAAGAAGAGCUGAUUAGCGUGAGAUUCAAACUGGAGAUAUAGUCAUCGUUCAUGAUGAUCAAGCCGUCAGAGGAUUUUGGAGACUGGGGAAAAUAAGAGAGCUUAUUACUGGACUGGAUGGACAAACUAGAGGAGCUGUUGUUGACACAGUAUUGCGUGGUCGUUCAUUGGUACUAAGACGGCCUGUACAGAAGCUCUUCCCACUUGAAGUUAAUCAGAAUCAGGAAGAAAUUAAGCCUCCAGGAAGUACUACUAAUGAUCAAGAAGAGAUAAUUGAUGAUUCUAGUGAUCAUAGGGAGGAUAUAUCUGAGCAUGAAUUCGAAUCUCAUAACACUACUGCCGAACCCAAGUCUGGAAUUUCAACUCGUCCCAAGAGAUCAGCUGCCCUAGAGGCACGAGACAAGAUUUUUGCUCGACUUUGUGAGGAUUAACUGAUAACAAUUAUUAUUAUUGGUGAUUAUUAGUGAUGUAUGUGUUACUUAUGCAUAAUGUAUUGUUAUUAUAAUUGUAAGAGUUUGAUUUACUGUUGACUAUGGUCAACAGCUGGGGGGAGGAUGUUGGGAUUUAUUAUGUGAUUGAUUAAUGUAUUAUUAUUCAUUAUUAUUAUUAUUGUAAUUAUAGUUCUGCGCAUGCUCAGUUGAGAGCUGCUCAGAAGAUUUGUA